AUGUUGAGCGCAAUUUAUUCAUCAAUAGCCUUUCUAGGUCGCCUAUAUGCACUGGUAGCCGGUGUCGGCUUUCUUGGCCUCGUCUCCAUCUGCAUCUAUAGACUUCAUUUUCAUCCUUAUGCCAAGUACCCUGGGCCUUUCUUGGCGAAAUUAACCAGUUGGUAUUCAGUUUACCACACCUAUAUCGGUGACCUUCAUGUCGACAUAUGGAGAUGCCAUGAGAAGUACGGCGAUGUGGUCCGCUAUGGCCCAAACAGACUGUUGAUUAACACAGAAGCCGGACUGAAAGGAAUAUACGGCCAUGGUAAGAAUGUACGGAAAGCCAAGUCAUACCACAGAAUCUCUCUCGUCAAAGGUGUUGAAGCAACUCAAAGUGUGGUGGACAAGACAAAGCAUGGAAAGCUUCGUAGAAUCCUAAAUCAAGGACUCUCGGACUCGUACAUCAGAACCAUUGAUUCUGAGUUGACGGAAUUGGCGUCUUUGUUUGCUUUAAGCUUAGGUGCAAACAAAGAUCGAUUUGUUUCCACUUCAGAAUCCACCAACGAUGGAUGGACUUGUGCUAAGAAUAUGGCUCAUUGGUGCGAUUAUUUCACCUUCGACGUAAUGUCACAAUUGGUUUUCGGCAAAUCGUAUCAUCUUCUUCAAAGCUCAGAGAACCACUGGAUUGCAGAGGCGAUCUUGGGCCAGAUGCGUCGUGUAAGCUUCCUGAUGCAGCUACCAGAGUUAGAAGACAUGAGACUUCACAAGCUCCUGUUUCCACAGGCCCGAAAAAAAGCGAUGAGGUUCUCAUUGAAAAGCAAGGAGAUCAUGGAAAAGCGGAAACAGGCGCUUGGGGAAACAAAAAAUGACCUAUUUUCGAAGCUACUUGAAGCCAAGGACCCGGAAACAGGAGAGUCGCUCUCUCAGCUGCAGCUUUGGGCCGAGAGUAACCUGUUGAUUAUUGCAGGCUCUGACACAUCUUCAACCGCCAUGGCUGCGCUAUUCUUCUAUCUCUCCAGAUACCCAGAAGCUUACGAGAAGGUAGUUGAGGAAGUCCGCAAGGCCUUUCGCUCAGCGAAAGAGGUGUCCCAAGGUCCCAAACUAUCCUCUUGUUCUUACCUACGAGCUUGCAUAACUGAGGCUGCCCGUCUCUCGCCUCCAGCCGCUGGCGCUAUGUGGCGUGAGGUACAAGAGGGUGGUCUACAGGUAGGCAAUCUGUACAUUCCAGAAGGCUAUGACGUCGGAACUGGAAUCUAUUCCAUCAACCAUAAUCCUGAGUACUAUCCGGAGCCUUUCAAGUUCUGGCCGGAGAGGUGGAUCUCGGAGGUUGUCGGAGAUGAAGCUAUGUCGAAAGCAAAGUCAGCUUACGGCACUUUCUCUGUUGGACCGCGGAACUGUGUCGGCAAGGGACUUGCCAUGAUCGAAAUUUCUCUCGCUAUGGCUGCAGUAAUCAGCGAGUUUGAUUUCCGCCGUGAUGAGACAGGCAUGGGAAGAGUCGGGGAAGGUAAAGGCGUUGCAGAGAAUGAAUAUCAAAUAUUCUGGGCCUUUACUAGCAUGAAGAAUGGACCAUACAUACAGUUUAGACGUGUAGAGGCGACGGGACUUCAUUAA